AUACUUGUACUUUUUUAUUUUAUUAGGCUACAUAAAAAACUUAAAUCGAUUUUUUUUUUCUUUUGGAAAAAAAAAAAAUUUUUUUUAUAAUAAAUAAAUAUUAAGUAACAUGGCUGUAUGUCUUGAGGGUGAAAGUCCACUUUUUAAAUUUGUUAUUAUUUCUGAUAGGCCUAAACCUUCAAAAAAUAAUUUUACUGAAAAGCCAUCAAAAGACAAAGAACUUAGAGAUAACAAUAUGUCUACAAGUUCGUCUUCUCCCCCUCCUAGUAAUGAAAAAUUAGAAAAAAACCAAGAUAACCAAAAUUCACAAGUGGCAAAUAAACUUCCCGAGGUAAAAGUGGAUGAUAGUCCUAAUAAUAAUGGAGAUUCGCCGAAAGAACAAGAAAAUGAAGAAAAAUCCUCUCGAUUAACCAUAAAAGUUCCCUCAAAGAGUUCAUCCCCUCAACUUGUUGCUUCACCAAGUGAACUAAGAGCUAAAACUCCUGAGCCUGUUUCUCCAAGUUCUAAUUUUUUCAAAAAGCUUGGAAAUAUGAUAAGGAGUACUUCUGAUAAUGGUACAGCUCCUGAGGAACCCGCUACUUCGGAUUCUAAGGACCAAGAAGAACAACAAGAACAACAAGUACAACAAGUACAAGUACAACAAGUACAGCAAGUACAACAAGUACAACAACUACAACAACUACAGCAAGAACAACCAGUAGCUAACGAUAACAUUACAGAAAAUACUGUGAAUACUGCAAGAUCCAUUGACGAAAAUAAGAAAGAAGGUGAAGAUAAAAAGAAUACUCCUGAACCUACUGCCGUAAAACAAAGAACAGGUUCCUUGGCUAACCUCGUCAAUACGAAAAUGUUUAUUACACGUACGUCAAGUCUUCUUAAAGAAGUGUUCGAUAGCAUCGAUAGAAAGAUGUAUCCUGAUAUGGAACCAGAUUGGGUCGCAGAAAAUCAAAAGAAAUCAAAUAGAGAGGCAGCCAUUAGCGAACGGGAGCAAUUAUUGGAAAAUAAAGAUGUUGAAAUUACAAAUGAUAAAUCACAAUCCCCUCAAUCUACACAAAAUGUUAUGGCUGAAGUUGGAGUUGCUCUCAAUGAACGUAAGGAAAAACUUGAAAAUAUUGGUGAAAGAACCGAAGAAUUAAGUAAUCAUGCUUCUGAUUUUGCUAGUUUAGCUAAACAAAUUAGGGAGAAACAAGAACAAAAGAGUAAAUGGUCAUUAUGGUAAUGAUAAAUAUCUACGCUAUUAGCAACCAUUUUUAUUGACAUUUUACUUGUAUCAAUGAUCAUUAAUAUAAAACUCAUUAAUCAUAUAACUCAACUACUUUCGAAAGACAUUUAUGUAGAUUUAGUUUCAAUGUAAUUUUCCCUCAUCUACUUUAAUUAUUAUAUUUUUUUUAUUUUAAUUAUUCUGUGUAUAUACCAUUUUCAUCAUCUUCAUUGAAUUUACUUAUAGGUUUUUAUUUAUUAGUUAUUGAGUUUGAAUUAUUAAUAUAUUUUUUUUUUAAUUAAACUGUUAAAAAAAAAAUUUUAAAAUAAAAUAAAAAUAUAAUAA